GGGGAGCUGGAUUCGGCGCGGCGUGUUCUGAUGGGAUGGAUGAACAUGUUCAUAACCUCUUAACCUAACCCUUUGUUUGAAUUGUCACCGAAUUUUAAACUGUCGUGUUGUCGUAUUACUUAAAGAAAAACAGUAUACAGUGAUUUUUUUCCCCCUGUUUUCUUGUCCUUGUACUUGCUAGAGCGAUGGAACUCCAGUGUGACAUAUGUUUUAUGCAAUUCGAUCUGCACCUCCACCGCCCCAAGAACUUGCCCUGUGGGCACACUAUCUGUAAUGAAUGUGUGCAGAAUCCUGCCUUGGGGAGAAAGUGUCCACUUUGCAGAAACGACCUGAACGGCGACCCCGCCGACCUGCCCGACAGCAUCGCAUUGAUCCGCCUGAUUGAAAACGCCGGCGCGCCUCCUCUCAAGAAGCCCAGGACAGAAGGGGCAGAGGUUCAGCGGCUGCGGCGGGGCGUGGAGGCAGGGCGGAAGGUGGUGGAGCUGCUGCAGCUGGUGGUGCCCAAGGCCGUGGAGGCCCUCAACCGCCAGCUAGACUCGUCGGUCGCCCAGCUCCGCCAGGUGGAGGAGGCCCUGGAGCUGCAGGUGCAGCGGGGGCGGGGGGCGGCUGGCGUUGAAGGCGGCGACCCGGUGGCGGAGCAGCUGCAGCUGGCGGGGAAGCUGGAGGACAACCUGCGCCUCCUCACCGCCAACGAGUGCAGCGUGGUUGCGGUGGAGGCGGAUGGUGCCACCUGGAGGGCCUGUUCGCAGCUCGGUGGAUUCAGCGACAUGUUGCGCCCUCUUUUGCUGCAGCUGCGGGCAGACGACCAGCUGGAGAAGGUUGACGUCGCCCCUUUUCCUGCCACGCCUGGUGUUUACGUGGGACCGCCAACUACCACUGUUCUACAAACAACGAAAGAUGACUUUAAAAAUGGUCAUUUAAAUUUUACUGACCUUUUUCGAGACAGUCUACGAUGGAGAAAUGUGCGUUGCCUAAUUAGCUCCUACGCUGGUGGUCUGGAGGAGCUGCUGCGUAUUGUAGCACCGCACCUCGAGGAGCUGCAGAUCGGAGGCGUAUUCGGUACUCCAGUCGAGCAUCGGCAUCGAGCACAGCCUAGUGCUAUGGUGGAAGUGAUGGAAAUGGCAUCACUCAAAAGACUACGAGUUAGAUGCGAUAGAGAGGUGAACGGGGUCUUUCCGGAUCUUCCAUUACAGCUCGAAGAACUCGCGAUACAGCAUCCAAGAGAAAAUCAGUUGCGAUGUCUGGAGCGCAUGUCCAGGUUGCACAGUCUGGCCGUGCACGAUUACCUCGGCCCAAAUAUGAACUUCGCCCCCUCGCAGCAUGGAGCCCUGAGGUGGCUUGGAGUCUGUUUGAACCAACCGCAUAAGGCUACCAUGAUGUCGCUUAUCCACGCCUACGCCUCCUCUGUAGAGGAGAUUCAGGUAGUCUGUAGUGUCAAUGAGAAAGUCAAAAAAGGUUUCUACUACCCCGGCCUCGGCGAGGACCUGGCAGGCCUGCACGCCCUGCGGCGUCUCGUCCUUGAGCGACCACGAGACGACCCAUGCACAAACCAGGUCGCUGGCUGCCUGCUGCAGUGUCGGACCUUCAAGAGCUUCUUGCCCUCGCACGUCCAAGUGAUUUGCUAUACUUGUUACAUGCCUGUUCUGUAGGGGAAAUGCCUCAAUAUGACUACUAGUAAUCUGUUUGUCAACCAUUGACAACAUGUCGCGCACGGAAAAAAAGACUGCUGUGGGGAUUAGUUUUAUUUGGUAGGCUUAAUUCGAUCGCUGUAAUCGAAAAUCUGAUACUCACAACGGGGAGUUGGUUGUCACGAUCGGACACUCGUACGAAUAGAACCCAGCUGGUGUUUGUUCUAUUUGUACAAGUGUUCGGUCGUGACAACCGACUUUCGGUUGGGGGUAUCGGAUUCUCGAUUCCAGCUACCGAAUUUAGCCCACCAUACAGAGUUGAUCCUACAACAAAGUCAUUUUAUUCCGUGCAGUUGUAGCGGCGUGAGCUAAUCGUUGCUGUACUAUACAGUCAAAGUUGUCUCUGCAACGCACUUUUUUUACCCUGUAAGAACCCGUAAAUAUUUUUGUUUUUAUUUUGAACAGUUAUUGAUGCUCUGCACUUGUGAGAAUAAAAUUAAUAAUCUUU